UGCAGGGCCUGAGGCACCUCGGCCUCCCUGUCCCCGGGCACCGAGCUGUGCCAGGCGCCGGGCGCUCUGGGGCUGUGGUGGGGGCUGAAGGUGCGUUUACAUAACGCCGGGCGUGUGGGAGCUGGAGGAAGAGGUUGCGUGCGUAGGAGAGAUAAGGCUCCCGCUUUCCCUCCUUCCUUCUUGGUGGUACCAGGCUUGACAUCACCGAGAGAGGAUAGAGACGACGUCGAGAAGUAUGGACGAGUCACCCGGGCAAGGUGUCGUUCUCCUGUGCCUGGAAUAUUGCGGUGGACCGACUGUGUCCCGAGUCUGGAGCGACGGUGUGGGGAUGUGGAAACGCACCCACACCCCCUUCUUAGACGUCACCUUUGUGAGAAGAUGAACCUAAUGGCUGAGGCACAGGGGUCCCUAGAAGCCUGUUUCCUCAGCACAGCCCAGGACCGCCAGCCCCAUGGAGCCCCCGAUUCCACAGAACGUCCCUUUGACUCCCAGCUCAGUCAUGGUCCAGCCCCUUCUUGACGGCCGAAUGCCCCAUAGCCGGCUCCAACAUCCACUCACCAUCCUCCCCAUCGACCAGAUGAAGACCAGCCACGUGGAGAACGACUACAUAGACAACCCUGGCCUGGCACCCCAGAGUGGCCCUAAGCGGACCCGGGGUGGGGCCCCGGAGCUGGCCCCUACGCCUGUCCGCUGUGACCAGGAUGUCACCCACCACUGGAUCUCCUUCAGUGGGCGCCCCAGCUCUGUGAGCAGCAGCAGCAGCACGUCCUCUGACCAGCGCCUCUUAGAUCACAUGGCACCACCGCCUGUGGCUGACCAGGCCUCCCCCAGGGCUGUGCGCAUCCAGCCCAAGGUGGUCCACUGCAAGCCACUGGACCUGAAGGGCCCAGCAAUCCCACCAGAGCUGGACAAGCACUUCUUGCUGUGUGAGGCCUGUGGCAAGUGUAAGUGCAAGGAGUGUGCAUCACCCCGGACGUUGCCCUCCUGCUGGGUCUGCAACCAGGAGUGCCUGUGCUCAGCCCAGACGCUGGUCAACUACGGCACCUGCAUGUGCCUGGUGCAGGGCGUCUUCUACCACUGCACCAACGAGGACGAUGAGGGCUCCUGCGCUGACCACCCCUGCUCCUGCUCCCGCUCCAACUGCUGCGCCCGCUGGUCCUUCAUGGGCGCCCUCUCCCUGGUGCUGCCCUGCCUCCUCUGCUACCUGCCUGCCACCGGCUGUGUGAAGCUGGCCCAGCGCGGCUACGACCACCUGCGUCGCCCUGGCUGCCGCUGCAAGCACACGAACAGCGUCAUCUGCAAGGCAGCCACCAGUGAGGCCAAGGCCGGCAGACCCGACAAGCCUUUCUGACACCUCGGGUCGAAGCCCCCUGCAUUCCACCUGGCGUCUUUGUUCCCUUCUGCCACCUGAGAAGACUGCAGCAAGGCCAGGGGUUCCAGCGUCCUGAGACUGACCUUGCCAGUCUGCCCACCUCAGCUUCUGAAGAAACAAGACAGCCCCCGACCCCCAACGCCUACUCUCUUCCUCAAAAGGAUGAAGAAGCACUUGGGCUUUUUUCAAGGUCCUGGAACUUUGUGUGAAACAGAGUGGCAGGGGUGUGGUGUGGUUUUGGGGGGAUUUUUCUUUUUCAGAAGACGGAACACAGAUGUGGCCACGUAUCCGGAAGUUGCAGCUGCUUGAAUGCCUUCCCAGUUCUCCCUCCUCCCUCCCUCCCCCCCCCCCUUUUUCCAUUCUCUGUGACUGCCUGGGAGGAACCACUAACUGAGUGGCCAGGGGACCUUUGAAGAAGACCCUGGAGUCUUGAUGACUAUUCUUUUUCUCCUCCCUCUCCCCAAUUUGCCUGACAUCUCGGGGAAGGUGUAGACCCUGGCCGCCCUUGUUGUAUAUACUUGGGAGCCCCUGAGAACAGAGGCCGGUGAGUCUAGGCCUUGCUCCUCGCUGUCUCCCUGGAGCCACGGAUGGAUUUAGGAGCCACUACACAGAGCACCUCGCCCCUCCAGCUCCACCACUCUGGGGGAGUUGCACUCCUAACGCCGUCCUCCAGUUCUUACUGAGUCACAGACUCACCUGCCCGCUAACUUGUCCCGAGUUCUCUCUACCCAGAUCUUCUCCAGAAACUAUGGGUCGAGAAGCCCAGGGCGGCAAAUGCGAGACCAAAUACCAUUUUGCCAAUGAGUCUGAGGCUGUGGUCUCUGGAUCCAGUCAUUAUGUUUUUAUAGAAUAAUUAAACCAGAUGCUAACGGUGUUUUAGAAAAUAAUAAAACACUUGCUUCCUUUUGGGCCACCCCCAGGAAGGGCUGAUUUCAAAAUCUGGGGGGCGAGCAACCUCAAGGAACACAAUCCCCCUCCCCGCCAAGAAGAGGAUUUUAACAGCAAAGAAGAGAGGCAGCACCUCCCGUUGGCAGUGACAGUGGAGCCGAGAUGGGUGCCGGUUUCUUCUCUUCCGAUUCUGCUGCUUGCUGCCGUAGCCUUUCAUGUACAGUGAUGUGUCUGUACCUUUCAUGUAAAUAGACAGAUGAUGGGAAAAGAGUCUAUUUUAGUGUUAGGAAGCCCUGGUGGGGAAGUCAGAAGAAUGCGGGUGGGGGAAAGAUUCUCUGGGGGCUCCUUGGGGGUCGAGCCCUGCUUCUGUGCAUGGCCACACCACCUGCUGGACAGCCCCCAGAGAUGUAGCAACUCUUCCUUUCAAGGUGCUAAAGAAUUCAGAAAGUGCAGCACGUCCAGUGGGUAGGUACUUGUUGCAUGCAAACGCUGUAGUGUGUCUGGUCCUUCUCCCCAGCUGUUGUGUGUGGGGAUAUUGCUUCACGUGGUAUUUUGUGUCCCCUGUCCCCUCUCCCCUCAACGAGAGGAAGUGGCCUGGGUCAGGAAAGUGCGCCCCCCACCAUGGGGGAAAUGGGAAGUGCAUUAACUAUAAAGCGUUUGUGGCAUUUCCAGUUUGUCCUGUAGGCACAGAACUGCCUCCAGAAGGAGGUAGGGCACUAUGAUAGGCAUAGGCCCAGUGGUUCUCAAGAACUUCCUUUUCCCCCUUCUUGAAGACUAGUAACAACAUCUUAUGAUUCACAGUAAGUUCAUUGUAACCAUAGGUAUUUAUUGAUUGGAGGAAAGGAGGGGAGGGUCUUAUUAUUUCAGGCUUUAUUUAUAUAACACUUGCUAGCUUGUAAAAGGCAAAUAUGAAAUACUGCAUCUGCGUUGUCCAUGGCUGAUUCACAUAGCUAACCUUGCCACAGUUGUGAUGGAUGUAUGGAUGUUCUUGCACAAAUGGAGGGGCUGGUAGGAGAAAACACAUUCAGCCAACCACUUAUACUAAUUGAAUGUAUCAGAUGUGUACUGAAGGGACUGAGAUGUUCUCAGAAUAGGUGUGCAGAGGCUACCCCCAAAACCAGAGGGCACGAGUCCACUCUCAGGGAGGCCUCGGGACGCCCCCAGAGCCUCUCCCUCGGAUGUCUCCACGGGAGACCUGACCCCAUGGUGAGGUGCACUUGGCGAUGGAGCCCUGCACACCUGUUCUGUGGGAAAUUGACUCACAUAAGCUGUGUAUACACACGCUCCUGCCUGCCCGCCCUCUACCCACAUUGACCCCGUUUCCGACAAACAGCCUCCUGAAUCUGACUUUUUGUGUACAUAGUUGUAAACGGAUUUUUCUGGGUUUUGGUUUUCCUUUCCCUUUUUUUUUCCUCCCCCGUUUUGGCUUGUUCUUUUUAGUUUGCAUUCAACCUGCUCAUGGAUGUCUGCAGAGCCCCUGGGUGUCCUGUGUGCUCAGUGGUGAAGGGGGAGGAAUGGGGGCUUGGGUCCUCCCCCCAGCUCCAACGCAUAACAGUCCCUCCGCAUGUGAAGACUGGCUUGCCUGGGGACCAGUCAAGGGCCACUGAGGGACCAAGCUCUCCAUAAUACAACACAUUUCUGUGGCUGCUCUGGCUGAUUGUGUUUACUGUCACCAGUGGCUUGGCUGGGCUAGUCCUCAUCUUGACCUUUUUUGAAAAGUGUCAGCUGGUUCCCACUUCUCUUCAACCUGGAGUGGGUGGUGGUUCUGUUCUGCCUGGAACUGGGGGUGGGGCCCACAAGCUUUGGUCCAGGGCACUUGUCCUAGGGGGCUGGGCUGCUCCCUGCCACAGGCAGUGUGGGUCUGUGAAAGCCCAACACUCCAACAAGCGCCCUGGGGGCAGUGCAGGGUAGUCAAGCCCUCCCAGGUAGAAGAUGAGUCACAGCCAAGGCUUCUGACAGUCCCUGCUGACAAAGAUGGAAGACCUCUGUGUGACACAUCCAGGCCGUUCAGCGUCCUGCUGUCUGCCAGGACCCUGUGAGGGUCCUCAUUGCACGUUGAGUGAGACCCAGGCAGACAGUGACUUGUCCAGGACUGCACGACACAGAAAGCAUCGGUUGGGGCCGGCACCGGGAAUUCAGUCACCUCAAAGCUUUGUGUCCUCCUGUGCUGCCCCGUACGUCCGAUGGGGUGUGGGCAGCACGACUUUGCACUGUGCGGUGUGGCCCCGCUCACUAGGGCGUCCGCAAGCUUCACCGGCCCUCUGGUCCAUGCCUCCGGUAAGCGUCUUCAUGCCCUCCGCUAACUGUGACAGCUGGUGACAAUUCUUGCGCUGCCGUUUUUUUGCUGUGGGUAACUCCGUGUGGUGUCCUACCUUGCUUUCUCUUCUCACUGCCCCCAGUUAGGCACCUGCAACAGGAAAAGCCGUCACAGGUUCCCACCCCGCCACAUCUCGCCCUUACGUUUUCCCUCUUCACUGUAGUCCCUUCUCACCCCACAACACAAGUUACCCAGAAGGUUCCCUUUGUAUAGAAUAUUUAUUUUGAAGCUCUAUUUUAAUAGUAUUUAUUUUAGAAAGUCUACUAUUGUAAGAGUUCUUCUGUUUGUGAAGAAAAAAACAAGUUAAAACUGAAUGUACUGAUCUAGAAAAUAUAUAUAAAUAUAUAUUGUUAAAUAUA